GGCACCGGUCUUCAGCCUGCACUAGUAAGCAGCCUACACGUGGGCACUACGUUGGGUCCGUUAUGGUCCUUGCACUAGUUGCAGCCAGGCACACGGGUCCGGCAUUCGCACUAAGUUGCAGCCAGGCACCGGGUCCGGCUAUCGCACUAGUUGCAGCCAGGCACCGGGUCCGGCUCGCACUAGUUGCACAUACAGGUACCGGCUUGGCCUGCACUUAGUUGCUUUAAUCCAGGCACACGGGUCCGGCUCGCACCUGGAUGCCACCCAACACUGGCCACAGCACUAAUCCUUCUUCCAGGCACCGGGUGCAUGCAUAGAUUGCCUCCUCCAUCAGCCCAUCCCCCCACUGCUGUUCC